AGAAAGGGGCAAUGGUUGUACACUGAGACACUGAAUGGACUAGCAACAUAUGAAAUGCAUAACAGCAAAAUGAGGUGUUCUGCACAGUUCAGAACCAUCACAGAAAGUCGACAAAUAACAUUCAACAUUUUAUAUAAACCCUGAUGACCCUGAUGCUGGAAAAGGAACCAGUAACGGAGGGUGGCAGUGUCAUCAUGGAGUGUGCUGUUAACAAUCACAAAUGAGGACACACAAUCAAGUCCAUACAGACCGGAGAGUAACCCUGAGUUAUGUUGUGGAAGAAAUGCGCAGACCAACCAGAGCUCAACAGCACCAGAACAACGCAACAGCCCACCAUAGAGAAGGCGAAAUAUAGCCCCUGGAAAAGGGAGUGCAUUGCAACAUGGAUGACUACGUAAACCGCUGAUCACAGGACAUCUGCUGCUGCUCUCACAUAGUAGACUCCUUACAAUAGUCCUCAUUAAGUACAUUGCUUAAAACAAAAGAAUUGGUGCAAAAUAUAUGUACUGCAGAGUUUCUUUUUAUACAGUUUCGUCAGACUUGAGCAUGGCUUCUUGUAUAGAUAUUCAGACUUGAACAUAUCAUUCAUACUGGCUUGAAUUACAUGUACAUACACAGUUUCAAACAAAAAAGUCCAUGUUUGUUUCCUGUUGCAGUGUUAACUGAUGCUAAUGUAAGACAGGAAGGAAACCAAUAUUCAGGUUGUUCCCAGGCAACAGAAAACUGUCACAUGGCCACAGGCUACUAUAUAUUGUAGUAUAUAGUGUAGCUAUGCUCCAUCCUGUUACUGAAUCCACAAAUGUCUCAAAUUGCUUGUUAAUGGCAAAUAUGCCACACUGGACUUGAACUCAGAAAAUAAUGUUGGAAAUUGAAUGUCUGUGGAAAAAAAUUCUGAAUCUGAAAUGAUAACUUAUACCCUGAGCUUGUGGUGUAGGUGUAACUUUGGAUAAAUGCAGGUUCAUGGCUUGGUGAAAUCCAGACCUAAUUAUCAUGUUCAGAGUGUAUUCCAGCAGUGAUGUAAUGGCAGGAGGUCCUUUAUUAACAUAUUCAGUACAAAAGUCAACAUGAGCUUCAGUUUUGCAUUUUAGUUCACCAGCUGCUUGAUGCUCAGUAUAGAAUGGGUAGAGCAGUGUGUCACACAGGGCUUAAUUAUGACUCACUGUUUCCGGCUUCUAACAUUUCAUAACAGCUCAUCUUUGGACUCACAAGUUAUAAACUGAUUGGUUUUGAUGACAGGCACAGUAAGGCAAACAACACAGAACUUUAGUUGUUUACUUUUAAAUAGAGUACACUUUUGAAAACAUCUACGUCUAGGCCCAUAAUGGAGCCAACGGUGAGCAGUGAGGUCAUUCUCUCCAUUUACAUCAUCUCUUUCCUGAUGGGCCUGCCAGCCAACCUCCUGGCUCUCUAUGCCUUUAGUGUUAAGAUCCAUUCCAAGCCAUGUCCAACAGACAUCCUGUUACUCAAUCUGACUGUCUCAGACCUGCUCUUUUUGAUCAUCCUUCCUCUAAAGAUGUAUGAGGCAGCAUCAGGCAUGAAAUGGAAUUUGUCCAUCUUCCUGUGCUCCAUCACCUCCUUCAUCUUCUUCUCCACAAUCUACACCAGCUCCUUGCUGCUGAUGGCAGUCAGUGUGAUUCGCUAUAUUGCGGUAGCUUUCCCUAUCACCUAUCAUCAGCUGCAAAGACCUGUGUACGCGAUAGUUAUCUGUGCUGUUAUUUGGCUAAUAUCAGCAGGACACUGCAGCAUUACUUUCAUUACCCAACACCACCCAUCCCUGGCCAGCAAAAACACCAGUGUGUGCUAUGAGAACUUCACAAAGAAGCAGUUGGAGGUCCUCCUCCCAGUACGUUUGGAGUUUUUCUUUGUGCUCUGCCUUAUACCUCUUCUAAUUUGUGUUUACUGCUACUUGCGCUGCAUCUUGAUCCUGUACAGCCGCCCCAGGAUAUCCCGGAUGCAGAAGCAGAAGGCCAUCGGCAUGGCCUUGGGGACUCUAGCUGUGUUUCUCAUUUGUGUGCUGCCAUACAAUGUCUCACAUUUACUGGGUUACUUCCAGGGUAAGAGCCCAAAAUGGAGGUACUACACCUUGCUGCUUAGCACCUUUAACACCUGUAUUGAUCCCAUCAUCUUCUACUUUUCCUCUUCCUCUUUCCACUGCACUAGCCAAAAGUCAAUUUUCAGGAAGCGUAGACUCAAUGUUUCAGAAUUACAAAGGCAGGCCACAGACUCUGGCUAAGAGCAAAAUACACAUUCAAUACAAUAUGUACAUAUCCAGCUAUAAAGUUAUCAUUGUACUGUAUAUUACAUACAUUAUAUCAGAAUGUGUA